ACACAUACAUUAAAAUAACAGUUUAUGACGUAACACUAUUUUUUUUUUCUGUGAAUUCCCUUAUUUGUCAAUAAACCUGAGCGAUUCUCCCUCCCACUCCCUUUACAUGUGUAUGUAGGCAGGUAAACAUAAAAUUGAAGGCAAGCAAAUUUAUCAGUUCCUCGAUAACAUAUAAUUUAUCUAUCUUUUGUUGAAGAGUUUAUUGGGAAUAUGUCUUUGGGUGCCAUGUUUUGUUGUAAAUGUGGAGAAGGCUUUGAACCUCAUGAAAAAAUAGUCAACUCUAAUGGGGAAGUGUGGCAUCAACAAUGUUUUGUAUGCUGUCAGUGUUUCAGACCUUUCCCAGAAGGUACUUUCUAUGAGUUUGAAGGAAGAAAAUAUUGCAAGCAUGAUUUUCAUGUUUUAUUUGCACCUUGUUGCGGAAAAUGUAAACAGUUUGUGUUUGGAAGAGUAAUCAAAGCUAUGAAUAACAGUUGGCACCCAGAAUGCUUCACCUGCGAAAUCUGUAACAUGAUUCUAGCAGACCAAGGUUUCAUUAAAAAUGCUGGCAGGGCUCUUUGCCACGAGUGUAACGCCAGAGAAAAAGCUGCCCAAAGUGGAAAAUAUAUUUGCUUUAAAUGCCAUUCUGUCAUUGAUGAAGGAGUUUUAAAAUUCAAAGGAGAGCCUUAUCACCCCUAUCAUUUCAACUGUUAUUCUUGUGGAAUUGAGUUAAAUGCAGAUGCGAGAGAAGUGAAGGGAGACUUGUAUUGCUUACGUUGUCAUGACAAAAUGGGUAUUCCAAUUUGUGGGGCGUGUCGUCGUCCAAUUGAAGAGCGUGUGGUUACUGCUCUAGGGAAAAAUUGGCAUGUUGAGCAUUUUGUGUGUGCCAAGUGUGAAAAACCAUUCUUGGGUCACAGGCAUUAUGAGAAAAAAGGUCUUGCUUAUUGUGAAAUACAUUAUCAUCAGUUGUUUGGAAAUUUGUGUUUUGUUUGCAACAAUGUCAUUGGAGGAGAUGUUUUUACUGCUUUAAACAAAGCUUGGUGUGUUCAUCAUUUUGCAUGUUAUGUGUGUGAUCAGAAAAUGAGUCAAAAGACAAAAUUUUUUGAGGUGGAUUUAAAACCGGUAUGCAAAAAAUGUUAUGACAAAUUUCCCGCUGAAUUAAGGAAGAGACUGAAAAAAGCCUAUGAAGCAUCACCUAAGAAAAUAAUGACAUAACAUCCAAAGCGAGCUUUUAACUGAAUUUGUUAAACAAAUAGAGUUCUAUUUGAGUUUUUAAAUAUUGUACGACAUCUGCUAAUGCUUCACUUGUUAAUAUGAACUUUAUAUGACUGUUAUACGCUUUUAUACAUUAACUUUUAGCUUCAACUCUGCUGAAGAACUUUUAAGUUUUACUGCUAACUUAACUGUUUAACUUUCCUAAAAAUGACUCUAUGACUAAAAACUCCAAGUUUAUAAUUAACAAAGAAAAAUAUUAAUUAAUUUCUGUAUGUAUUUUCAAUUUUGAAAAAAAAAAUGUCUUCCACAAACAAGAAAACAUUAACCGUAUAGUUUUAAAACUUUUUGUUUGGUUCCUCUUAGGUUUUGUAUUUUCCUCCAGAAGAUUUACCAUCUUAAGUCCCACAACUCUGAGGUAUUCAAGUAAUGGUACCUGCUUUUUUCCUGUUAAACUUACUUUAUGCAACUUAGCACAGUAUUUAAUUUUGAGUGUGUAGUAUCAUUUAAAUUUGGUGCUGUAUAGUCAAUACCAGCACUUGUGCCAUUAUCUUUGCAUUCAAUUAUAUUGUUUCAUUUGUUAGUAUCACAAUUGGUGAAUGAAAAAUAUUAAGUUUAUGUUCUUUAUAAUACCCAUUGUAAAUGUGUUUGUUGAACACUCUAUAUUGUUUUUGAAAUGAAAAAAAAAAUCACUCUCUAAAGUUGUUAAAUCUAAAUAUCUAUAAUCCAAAUUCUUAUUGUGUUGUGGUAGUUCUUAAAUGCGUUACUUUUAUCAGUGACAAAUUUAUCAUCAGGGGUCUGCCUAGGUUUUUCCGAGAGGUACCUAUUUUGUGAAAAUUUAGACAUAAUUUGUGAAAAUUAAAAAAUCAACACAAAAAUAUGGAUUUAUCGUUUCUUACGGGAUACAAAAAUCAAAUUUUAAGAAAAAGUAUUUUGUGAAACUAGGGUUUUUCCAAAAGUUGAAUUUGUGAAGGUACUGCUAAGUGGUAGUAAAUUUGGCCUGGACAGACCCCUGCUAAUUCUAAAUGAAAUUUGCUUAAAUUUUUUUUUUAAUUUUUCAAAGUUAUUUUUAAGUUAUGUUUGUAGGUACAUAGUCAUGGUGACAUAAUACUCAUUUUAUUGCUUUUAUGAUAGUAGAAUUGUAUUUCCUACUUGAAUCUAUGUUGUAUAAUGUUUUAUUUUUUAUUCAGUCUGCAUCCUUUUUAUUAGAUUCAGUUUCUACAUUUUGUGUUUUAAUGUGUCUGAUUCAUUAAUGACUCAGGUGUUUGUAUCAAACUCUUAUUUUGUGCAAUUUUAGUUUAGAAUUUUCUCAAGAGAGAGAAAGGAUAUUAUACAUUGAAAUUGUAUUUAAUAUACAUGGAAAUUUAUUUUAACUUCAUAAUGUGAAUAGUGAUAGAUUGAAUUGAUUCUGUGUUACUCUCUUUUAAAAAUGAAUGAAAAGUAUUCACCCCUCCAAAUUGUUUCCACUUCUUCCCAUUCUAUGCGGCAGGUCCGAUGUUUUCAGUCCAGUUUGCUGAUAAAGAAAUGUCUGUCCGUGGCUUUCGUGCUUUAGAAUAUGUGGUCAGACUAGGUUUGUUUAAAAAAAAACUGUACUGGUUUAAAAGAAAUUAAAACAUUUUCAGUGAACCUGUAACGGAUAAGAGUUAAGUUUCUAAAUAACAGUUACAGAUAUAUAUUUAGAUUAACUUAGUUAGCCAUUUUACUCUGAAUUAAACUUCGAACAUAUUUUUGCAAUUAAUCAAAAAAUGUCAGCUAUUUUUGUAAUGGAAUUAUAGACUUUUAGGCUCAGUGUAGCUAGAAUGAUAAAGUAUAUUCCUGUGACAGCCCAUGGUGGUUAUGGCUCCACAAUUUUGUGACAAAGGGCAUGAUUGUAGCUAUGUGGUUGUUAGCGUCAUUCCGUCUUUACUUCCCAGACAAGCUAUGUAGGUUUCAAGUUGCCACUGAGGAUUGUACUCAAGUCCUUCACAAUGACAGUUCAGUGCCUUUAACUUCUCUAUCGCGACUCCCCAAUAUAUAAAUUUAAUAUAAAAAUAUUCUUUGUGCAUUAUAAUGUGCUUAUGGGUUUCUACAAUUGCUUCUCUACAUUUUGUUUUUUAAUAUAUCAUACUGUGACUGUUUAAUUGGCAUCUUUUAUGCACCCUUUAAGGCAUGCAACAUCUUAUAAGUAAGUAUAUUGAUUGUAUGAAUAAGUGCCCAAAUAUAGCAUCAAUAUUUUACUUAAGGCUGUUUUUCGAGGGCUCCGUCUGCUUCUUUGCAAAUAAUAUAUAACUUCUGUAAGUUUGCAACUGUUACUCAUGACUGUUAAAUCAAGUUUACCCUAUUUAAAGCCAGCACUAUCUACGCUUAUUUUAAAAAUAGCGCAAAACGUCAAUAUGUAGAAAUGCCUGAGUUUUGUGAAAAUGAAAGACGUCUGGUGGUUGAGCAGUAGUACUUGGCACUGUUGUGCCACAGGUCCCUGGUUCGAUCAUUGGGCCGGGCAAGGUUGACUCAGCCUUUCAUCCCUUCAGUGGGUCGAUAAAAUGAGUACCAAGCAUGCUUUGGAGCCAAACACUGCAUUGGAUUGGCCACUCAACCGGAACACCUGCUUUUGCAGCUCAGAGCCCAAAGGUCAAGAAGACUUAAGAUGGGCACUGUAGGCCUUGGCCCUCAAUGGACUGUCGCGCCACUGAGAUAAGUUUGUGAAAAUGAAAAGCAUUUGCGGUCUAAUUUUUAUAAACUUACUCCAAUGCUGCAUUACUUUGGCUGAUAUAAAUGUGCAAAAACUGAGAAUAAGGCAGUAGUUUAGAAAAUUUUGACCUCGGUGGGAAAAUGUCACCAAAUUAGCAAUUUUUAAAAGGUUUAAUAACUUAUAAAAUAUUUAAGUUAUUUGUCUAUUCUAAAGCCCAUGUAAUUCCUCAUGGCAAGAUAUGAAUCCAAAUUAUAAUUAUUAACUUUAUUGGCAAAAAUGUAAUAUUUUUAUCAAUAGUGUCACAAUUUCACUAAUACUUUCUUAAUGAGUGAUUAUUGGCUUGUGUUAUAGGCCUACAUUCAGGGUUUAAGAAAUUAAUGUUUCACCUAUAUUAAAACUUUUUUUAAGUUAAAGAAAAUAUAUUUAUUUAGAGAUUGAUCUAAUUCUGUAUAUGAAUGCCAUUGCAACUCUAAAUUUAUUAUGAAUUUAAAAUUUUAAUAGUUUUGUGCUGUUCUUAAUCCACUGAACAUACUGCAACUGAUGUUUGUUUAACAAUUAUGGAUUUUUUGCCACUGAUUAUUCAUUUUAUUCUCUGAAUUCAAUGUUUUAUUGAGUUAGAAUUUGUUUAUUUUUAUUCCACUAGCUAAAGUAGUCAAUCAAUAGUAUAUGUUAAAGACAAAGGCCAAGUUAUCGAAUUUGGUAACAAUUUUUAUUAAAUUAUUUCACAUACUGAAUUCACUUAAGAUAACUGUUGAAAUUUACUAAACCUUAAAAAUCUAUUUUAAUUGUUAAAUCAUAGAUAAUCACGAAUCUGAUUUAACCAUUAGAUUCAAUUUUAUCAUAGAACAUAUUUUUCUACCGCUGUUGACACUAUUUUGAAAAAUGUAUCGAUAAGCUAGUGU